UCUCCUGCUGCUGCCUCCACCUUCACCGCCACCAUGUGCGACUGUUUCCACCUGGCUUUCCCCAACUGGCACGCCGCCUCCUCAGGGACGGGGCGACGGCUGCGAGGACCAGAGACUCCUUCAGAGGACAGCUCAGUAUGUGAGGAGCCAGGUCAGUUCACAGAGGGCGAGCGACCGCGGCCCCAAGGGUCAUCCCCCGUGGAGGAGUAUCCUGAAUACAAAGAGCGAGAAGCGGAGCAUGACCCACAUCACAAAGGUGGGAGUGGAUUGAAAAGUAAAAGGUCUGGGCUGGGGUCCAUGUUUGAGAGGCGCUCCACUCCAAAGAUGAGUAAACUGAAGGAAGUUCACAGCCCAGAGGCUGGAGUGAUUGUGAAAACACCCAAAGAUGGAUGUUCAGAAGGUCUCGUUUAUGGUGGAGGAGGGAAGGAUGGGAUUUUCAUAAAGGAGGUGAUGCCAGAGUCACCGGCUUCAAAAAGUCUGAAAGUGAAAGAAGGUGACCAGCUUCUGAGCGCCACCGUGUAUUUUGACGAUGUGUCAUAUGAGGACGCAAUUCAGAUUCUGGAGCACGCGCAGGCUUAUAAAAUGAAGCUGUGCUUGAAACGCAAGGCAGACGUCGCAGAAACGGAGGCGGCCACCGCAUCCGACGCUAUUCCUGAGGAAGACAUCGAAUCUGCAGAGAUGAGGGAGGAAGGAAAAACCAAAAGGCGCGGGGACAAUCGCAUUUCGUGGCCAAAGUUUCCCUCCUUUGGAAAAGGACGAAAAUCCCGUUUUAUAAGGUCUCACAGUUCCUCGGAAGCAGACGAACAGAGAACGCUGGAGCUGAGUCCAACCACGAGCGACACAGACUCACCGAUAAAAUCUCAGAAUGCUCUUAAAGGAAAAAAGAAGAAUAAAAAAAAGCUGCCAAGUUUAACAAAGAGAGGCCGCAUAAGUUCAUCCGAAGACCAGGACACGGAAGCUCCGAUAAGUGUAGAGAUCAGCAGUGACGCUCAGCAGAAACAAGACUCUGCUGUGGUCUCGCCUGCGUCCCCUGAAGGGCCCUCAGGUGAAAGCCAAGGAGUGGCUGAGGACACCAAAGCAGGGGAAGACCUCAGACCUGAGCAAGACAAUCAAACCAAAACUGAUGCUCAAAGCGUCCAACAUAAGGUGGAGAUCACCGGCAUAGACGGCGCUGUGAAAACAGAAGACCUGACCGUGGCUCCUGCCGACCUAGGAAGCCCCUCUGGUACCAAGACCCUGGAUAAGAAGAAAAAGAAAAAGGAAAAGUCAGAAUUAAAACCAAAACUUUGGGGUAGGGAAAAAUCCCCAAAGAAAGACACCAAAGCCAAAUCCUCACCAAAGAGGCUAAAAACACUUGGAGCAAGUAUUGAAACAGAGGAUCUGCCCGAAACUGAAAAAUCUGGCUUGAAACUGGGAGAUCAACCUGGACUGGACACUAAAAACCAGGUCGCGAAUGAAUCUAUGACGACAGAAAUACAAUUACCUAAAGUGGAACUUGUAGUAGAGGAUGCUGCAAUCGUACAAAAAUCUCCAAAGAAACAAAAACAAGUAACAAAGGCUGGUCCGACAACCACACUGAUGGGGGACGUUACUGUGGAGCCCACAACUGAGGGCGCACAAAUCUUUUCAGAGGCCCUGGCAAAGGGCAGCGUUCCCCCAGCGCAGCUGCCCAAACGCGAAGACAUUGAGAUUCCAGGUAUGGAGGACAGUUCUAGCACUAGCACUGUCCAAAUGUCACUUGAUAUGGAGAGUGUGAAAGAGGCAGUUUCAAAACUACCUGGAUUCAAGUUGCCCCAAGUUGAUACUUCUGGGAUGCCCAUUCCUGAAGAAAUUACCGUGAUAGAUGCGAAUGCGCAAAGAAUAUCUGUGAAAACACCAACUAAAGUGGCAGAGAAUAAGUCCAAAAACGAGUCACCCCUGACAAGGAUUUACAUGAGUACCUCUCCAGAAAUCUCCAUGACGACGGUCAAACUACCAAAACUAACAUCUGAUGAUUUAAUGGCAGAGGAACCUGUAAUUGAGUUACAAAAACCUCAAAUAGAGCUUGAAUUCAAGCCCCAAGAGAAAGACAUCAUAACUCCCCAGGACCUUUCCACUCUUCAGGGACAAGACAUUGAUCAGACCGGUGCCAUCAACUUGGCAGUUGCUAAAGAAGCACAUAAAAAAUCCAAAUUGCCAAAGAUAACAAUGCCGAGUUUCGGGAUCGACAUACCCAAACCCAAAACUUCUCCAAAAGAUCUUCAGUUUGAAGCGGUGAAGAGGAAAGACUCAAAGCAGACCGUUGGGAUCACAGGUGACAUGAAAAUAUCUGAAACCUUUAUCACUGAAUACACCGAUGCACUCGAUGAGUUUGCAGACAAAAAGGAUGGCCACAUUACAGUUUCUGAUGUCAUCAUUGAAGCUGAUGAGGGACUUGGAGCAUUUCCUUCAGACGUGAGUGGAGACGCAGUCAGUGGAGACGACAAUCUAAAGAUUGAUGGAGCUCAGAUUAAAACUCCAGAGAGAGAGGGAAAGGGUAGCAGGUUUAAAAUGCCUGUUCUUAACAUUUCCGUGCCAAAGGUUAAAGGAGCGAAAAUGGAUUUGAGCCCAUCAAAGAAGGAUGCAACUGACGCAACAGCAAAGGCGAAGGCUGAGGUCCAGAUCCCAGAGGCUCCUGAGACAUAUGCUGGUCUGGGAACCGCAUCUGACUAUGGUACAGAGCAGAAGGAACUAGAGGAAGAAGCAAAACAUGGGCUGAAAAUCCAAACUCUGGAAGCUCAAACUGAAUAUGAUGCGCAAGAAAGCAAAUUCAAAAUCCCAAAGUUAGGGCUAAAAAUGCCCAGAAUGAAAGGCUCUGAAUUUGAUGUGAGCUUGUCACGGACAGGCGGUGAUGCUAAAACAAAGGUCCAACUCCCAGAGGCCCAGGACACUGAUGUUUCUCUUGGAGCCGUACGUGUUUCUAUUCCAGAGCAAAAGAUGGACGCAAAUAAGCUUGACAAAGAAGGCAAGCCUUUGGGAUUUCAUGGAGACCUCGAUAGACGUGGAGGUAAAUUAAAAAUGCAGACAUUUGGAAUCAAAAUGCCAAAAAUAAAAGGUUCAGAAUUUGAUAUGAACAUGUCCAAGGAAAAAGCUGAGAUGCAACUUUCAGAAGCACAAAAGACUGACGUUAGUCCCGGAAAAGUAGACGUCUCUAUUGCAGAGCAAAAGCUAGAGGUAGAAAUACCCCAAAUGGAAAUCAAAUCCUUACCUGCUGAAGGUGAACUUGAAGCACAAGGAGGCAAAUUCAGGAGGCCAAAGUUUGGCAUCAAAAUGCCAAAAAUGAAAGGCCCAGAAUUUGAUAUGAAAUUCCCAGGAGUUCCUGAAGCUGACGUUGGGUUAGAUGUUUCUAUGCCAGAACAAAAAAUGGGAUUUGAAAAACCACAACUAGAUAUCAAAACUUUGCAGCCAGGGAGUGAACAGCCAGCACCCAGCACUGACGUUGAGGAUCCUUCUAUAGACGCAAAACCUGCGAAAGCUGAUUAUGAAAUGAAGGGAAGCAAGUUUAAAAUGCCAAAUCUCGGUUUUUCUAUGCCGAAGGUCAAAGGGCCAAAACUAGAUAUAAAGCUCCCUGAUGUUGAAGCACCUGAGAUUGAAGUUUCACCUGAUUAUACUGACCCAUCAUCAUCAACAUUUGAAACAGCAAAUAUCAGUUUUUCUACGUCAGAGACAAAAGCUGAAGUGGAAAUCCCAGAAGUCUCCAAAACUGACAUCAGUCUCGGAAAACCGUCGAUUUUUAGACCAAAGGGAAAAGUGGGAUUUGGAAAGCCUGAUGUACAAAUCAAACCCCCCUUGGCUCGUGUUAAAGUUGAAGGACAAGGAAGCAAAUUGAAAAUGGAAACAACUGGAAUAUCCUUGCCAAACGUUCAAGAUGUUGAAACCCCUGAAAUUGACCUUAACUUUGGAACCAUAGAUGCUUCAGCUGCAGAAGUAAACAAAGAGAUUGAAAAAACUGAUGUUGAAAUAGCUACUCAGACCGGCAUGAGAUCACCAUCAAAAUUCAAAAUGCCGGUGUUCAAAUUUCCAAAGUUUGGCGUCACAACACCAAGCGUCAGUGCUGAAGUACCCGAUGCAGAAAUAGAUAUCAACAUUGAAAAAUCUGACCUGCAGGUGGAGAAACCGCACAAAGACAUCGAUGUACCAGAAUUCACAGCAGAGGUUGAUGUGCCAGAGGUCCAAGUGCCUAGUUUAGACAUUCCAAUGGCAGAGCAACAGCCAGAUGUUGAGGCUGAAGCAAAACAGAAAAAAACAAGGUUUAUGAUGCCUAAGUUUUCUUUUUCUAAACCAAGUGUCAAGGCUUCAGAAGUCGAUGUCAGUUUUCAGGACAAGAGUGUUGAGUUUUCAGAAGGUACAGUUGAAGUGAAAGGACAAAGUGUGACCAUGAAAUCACCAGAAAUCCCAAUGCCAGAAACAGAUUUAAGUUUAUCAAUGAAAGAUGACGCUGUGACACUACCUGAAGCUGAACUCACACUUGGUGACGUCCAACUGAAAAGACCGUCUGUUGAAGCUUCUGAGAUCAAUCUUGUGGCAAAAGACACAGAGAGGUCACCCCUGAAGUUUAAGAUGCCGUCAUUCAAAUUACCCAAAUUUGGAGCUGGCACCCCAAGUUCCUCUCUAGAGCAGCCUGCUGUGGAUAAAGAUGUAACAAUAGAUGGAGCUGAAGUUAACAUUCCUGAAGGAGUUCUCACCGUCAGCAUUGAACCCCCUGCCGCUGGUCCACCAGAAGCAUUAGUUACAAUUACAGAAACUGAGCAUGAAGCGAAACCAAGCAAGUUCAAACUGCCUAAUUUUGGUUGGUCUGAGCCUCAAAUAGAUGUAGAUAUAUCACUCCCAGAGGCUGAAGCUGAAGCAAGACUCACUAGUGAUGAAAUGAAACAAACAGCUGAAGUUGAAAUUAAAGCCCCGGAGAUCAAAGUUGGAAGAAAGGAUUCAGAAGCAUCAGUAUCCAAAUUUAAGAUGCCAUCCUUCAAACUACCUAAAUUUGGUGUCAGUACUCCAAGUUCCACUGUAGAAGUACCUGCUUUGGAGGACGAUGUCAAAACAGGAGGAGUUGAGAUUUCUGAGCCGGUUGUUGCAGUUUCCAUUGAUGCACCCAGCGUUGAAUGUGAAGCUCCAUCAAUAGAUAUAAAAUCAUCAGGAGCCGAACAUGAAGGAAAAGGAAUCAAAUUCAAGUUGCCAAAACUUAGUUUUUCUGCACCACAAACUGAAGGACCAGAUGUUGAUUUGAGCCUGUCAAAGCCAGAUGCAGAUGUGACACUACCAGAGGCCGAAGCUGAAGUGAAAGUAAUGGAUGUAUCAAAAGAAGCUUCUGCUGAAGUUGAAAUUAAAGCCCCUGAGAUGAAAGUUGGUGGAAAGGAUGUGGACGGAUCGCCAUCAAAAUUUAAGAUGCCAUCAUUCAAACUACCCAAAUUUGGGCUUGCUAAAAGCGCCACCGUAGAAGUGCCCACUGUGGAUACACAGGUCGAAACAGGAGGAGUUGAAACUCAGAUUUCUGAGGAGGUUCUUGCAGUUUCCAUUGAUGCACCCAACGUUGAAUGUGAAGGUCCAUCGAUAGAUUUAAAGACAACAGGAACUGAACAGGAACGAAAAGGAAUCAAAUUCAAGCUUCCAAGUCUUGGAUUUUCUGUGGCACAAACCGAAGGACCAGGUGUUGAUUUGAGCCUGUCAAAGCCAGGUGUAGAUGUGACACUACCAGAGGCCGAAGCUGGAUUGAAACUAACAGAUGAUGAAAUUAAAACCACUUCGAUUGACGUUGAAAUUAAAGCCCCUGAGGUCAAAGUUGGUACAAAGGACAAAGAAGCAUCAGCAUCCAAAUUUAAGAUGCCAUCCUUCAAACUACCUAAAUUUGGUGUCAGUACUCCAAGUUCCACUGUAGAAGUACCCGCUUUGGAGAAUGAUGUCAAAACAGCAGGAGUUGAGAUUUCUGAGCCGGUUGUUGCAGUUUCCAUUGAUGCACCCAGCGUUGAAUGUGAAGCUCCAUCAAUAGAUAUAAAAUCAACAGGAACCGAAAUUGAAGGUAAAGGAAGAAAAUUCAAGCUGCCAAGUCUCGGUUUUUCCGUGCCACAAGGCAAAGGUCCAGAUGUUGAUUUGAGCCUGUCAAAGCCAGAUGUAGAUGUGUCACUACCAGAGGCCGAAGCUGAAUUAAAACCAUCCGAAGAUGAAAUGAAGACCCCUUCGAUCGACGCUGAAAUUAAAGCCCCUGAGGUCAAUAUUGGAAGAAAGGAUGCAGAAGGAUCAGCAUCUAAAUUCAAGAUGCCAUCAUUCAAACUACCCAAAUUUGGGCUGGGUACAAGCGCCACCGUAGAAGUGCCCACUGUGGAUACACAGGUCGAAACAGGAGGAGUUGAAACUCAGAUUUCUGAGCCGGUUCUUGCAGUUUCCAUUGAUGCACCCAACGUUGAAUGUGAAGGUCCAUCGAUAGAUUUAAAGACAACAGGAACUGAACAGGAACGAAAAGGAAUCAAAUUCAAGCUUCCAAGUCUUGGAUUUUCUGUGGCACAAACCGAAGGACCAGGUGUUGAUUUGAGCCUGUCAAAGCCAGAUGCAGAUGUGACACUACCAGAGGCCGAAGCUGAAUUGAAACUAUCAGAUAAUGAAAUGAAAACCACUGCAAUUGACGUUGAAAUUAAAGCCCCUGAGGUCAAAGUUGCAUCAGCAUCCAAAUUUAAGAUGCCAUCCUUCAAACUACCUAAAUUUGGUACUCCAAGUUCCACUGUAGAAGUACCCGCUUUGGAGGACGAUGUCAAAACCGGAGGAGUUGAGAUUUCUGAGCCGGUUCUUGCAGUUUCCAUUGAUCCACCCAGCGUUGAAUGUGAAGCUCCAUCAAUAGAUAUAAAAUCAACAGGAACCGAAAUUGAAGGAAAAGGAAGAAAAUUCAAGCUGCCAAGUCUCGGUUUUUCCGUGCCACAAGGCAAAGGUCCGGAUGUUGAUUUGAGCCUGUCAAAGCCAGAUGUAGAUGUGACACUACCAGAGGCCGAAGCUGAAGUGAAAGUCACUGAUGUUGAAGUGGAAAAGGUUUCUGCUGAAGUUGAAACGCCAGUUCCUGAUGUUAAAGCUGUGACUAAGGACACAGAAGUAUCACCAUCCAAAUUCAAGCUGCCAACUUUCAAACUACCUAAAUUUGGUCUCAGUACUCAAAGUUCCACUGCAGAAAUACCCGCAGUGGAAGCCGAAAGUCAGGUAUCUGAGCAGGUUCUUGCCGUUUCCAUUGAUGCAUCCAGUAUCGAAUCUUCCUCAAUAGAUAUGAAAACGUCCGGAACUGAACACGAAGGAAAGGGAAUCAAAUUUAAACUGCCGAGUCUUGGUUUUUCUGUGUCACAAACCAAAGGCCCAGAUGCUGAUUUAGACCUACCAAAAACAGAUAUCGAUGUACCAGAAGUCAAAGCUGACGUAGUUCCUGGUAUUGAUAUUCAGCGAAGUAGUGUUGAAGGAUCAUCAUCAACAUUAUCAUCUGAUCUUAAAAUCAACGAGUCCAUGGGCUCCGUCUCCGUGUCCGAUGGAGGAUCGAUGGAGGCCGACGUUAAAGUGAAGAAGACAAGCUGGUUUUCAUUUUCAAAGACCAGCACCAAGGCUCCUGAAACUGACAUCAGCCUUGACGUUGAUGUUGCAGCACCAGAGGCCAAAGUAGAUGCUAAAGUAGAAGUAAAUCCUCCAGAUAGCAACAUCCAGGAAUCGUCAAGUGUAUCAACAGACGGGGAACCUGCUGCAGACCUGGAUGCUAAAUUGAAAAAGCCAAGAUUUUCCUUACCAAGAUUUUCAUUUUCAUCUAAACAGCUUCCUGUUGAGAUCAAGCCACCUGAGUGUGAAGAAAGCGACAUUUCAAAGAAAGCUGCAGAUAUCACCGUCCCUGUGGACGUUAAGGCUCCAGAGAUUAAAGAUCAAGCAGUUAGUGUUGAAGCUGAAGCAGGUGAACCAAAGAAAGAUGGAGAGGUUAUGUUCACCGGAGCUACAAUCGAAGGAAAAUUACCUACAGCUGAGAUGAAAGAAGAUGGCGGUGCUGUUUCAGAGGCAGAUGUGCCCACAAUUGAGGUUGAGGCUAAGUUGAAACGACCAAGCUGGGCUUUUCCCAGAAUGUCGUUCUCAAGAACAGUUGUCAAAAGCCCUGAUACUGACGGCAAUGCAGAAACGUCCAAAGCUGACGUUGCACCCCUAGAGACCCAGGCAGAAGUCCCCCCCCCAGAUGCUGACGCUAAAGCAGCUCCAGUGGAAGACGCUAAAGGAGCUCCAGUGGAAGACGCUAAAGCAGCUCCAGUGGAAGAGUCCCCCGUUGCAGAACUUGACCCCAGCCUAAAAAAAACAAGAUUUUCCCUCCCCAGAUUUUCUUUUUCAAAGGCAAGCCCUAAAGAACCCGAGGUAAAGACUGAAGUGCCACACGUUGAGGUUUCUGUCACAGAUGUCGGAGUAAACGCCAAACCCCACGAAGCAGAGCCUGAACCUGCUGAGCCUGAAGCUGGCGAUGAUGUUCAAGAAGACCUCAAGGACGUUACACCAAACACUGAGACGGAUGCUCCAAGUAAAUUCAAACUCUUUAAAAUGCCGAAACUCAGUAUCUCAAGACAAAAGCCUGAAGAAGUCCCUGCUGACAAUGACAGUAAAGAACCUGACCCGGCACCUGAGGCUGACGCAAAAGGAGACAAUCUGACUUUAACAUCAUUCGUUGAUAUCCUCAAGACUAUUGAUGUUGAAUUGGAUGUUGCACAAACAGACAAGGAUGGACUCAAUCUCGAGACGUCAAAGGAACUCGGUGAAAAAGAGCAACCGAAAUCCAAGCAAGAUACCGUUAAAAGUCCUGAAAAGGCAAGUUGGUUUAAAUUCCCCAAGUUUGGCCUGUCCUCCCCAUCAGAACCGCCCAAGAGCCCAGAACCAGUGGAUGAGGAACUCAGUCCCACCUCUUCUGUCCAGUCCUCAGAUGCCUUUGCUGAUGUGAGCUCAUCGUCUCCGACCAAGGUAACCGUCAAAUACUCGGACCCAAGUGCAGCUGCCGAUGUCGUCACGUCCACCACGAGGACCAAGCUGAUCGCAAAUAUUCCCAACCUGCCUGAAAAAAUCACCAUUCUAUCCUCUGGGGUCUCGUCUUCUUCUGAAGACACACUGAGGCUGGAGGUGUCGGAGCCCAUCUCAGGACAGACCGCUUCCUCUCUCAAACAACUCAAAGACUCUAAGCACUCUGAGAAAAUGAGGUUCUUUAAAUAAGCUGAGAAGUGAACCAGGAAUGUAAUUUAUUUUCAAAGUCCUUGUCCAACCCCACCAACAGCUGCCGGUGGGUGUUAACUAGUUUUAGCCAAUACGAUGGAAAAGAGGAAGUGUGUUGGCGACAGGAAGAGAGUGUGAGCAAGUUAAACUUCUGUCUGAGAGAAAGUGACGUGUCGGUGUCCAGGUCCGACCCCGGCGGCGGGACGUCAGGCUGCAUGUUUAUUGGUGGAUAAAGAAAGGCUUAGGCUAUUUACACCCGGGUGCAAGUACUGAUGUGUAGGCUAUUUACACCCUGCUACCAAUGUCAAUGUAUGCUAUUUGCACCCAUGUAUUAUUGGAAAAAAAAAUGUAAAAAAAUGAUUUAUAUAAAAAAAUCUAUCAGCUCAGCAGUGAUUGACAGGUAUUCACACCACUUUUGAUAAACUUCAUUUAAUCUCUUCAAAAUAUCUUACUAUGACAUAAGAGCAAAAAUUGUUCAUUCAAAAGUGUGAGAGCAGACGUUUGCCUGGCUCUACAGGACUGUCUCAGAAAAUUUGAAUAUUGUGAUAGAGUUUUUUAUUUUCUGUAAUGCAAUUAAAAAGAAGUAAAAAAAAAAAGGGCAGCACGGUGGCUUAGUGGUUAGCACUGUUGCCUCACAGCAAGAAGGUUCCCGGUUCGACUCCCUGCCCAGCAGGGUCUUUCUGUGUGGAGUUUGCAUGUUCUCCCCGUGCUUGCGUGGGUUUCCUCCGGGUACUCCGGUUUCCUCCCACAGUCCAAAAACAGACGGAUGGCAAUUAAAAAAAACAAAAUGUCAUACAUUCUGGAUUCAUUACAAAUCAACUGAACUAUUGCAAGCCUUUUAUUAUUUUAAUAUUGCUGAUUAUGGUUUACAGUUUAAGAUUAAGAUUCCCAUAAUAUUCUAUUUUUUUGAGAUAGGAUAUUUGAGUUUUCUUAAGCUGUAAGCCAUGAUCAGCAAUAUUAAAAUAAUAAAAGUUUUAAUUUUCUGAGACAGUCCUGUAUUGUUUGAAAUGGUUCCAAUUUUAGAGUGGUGCACAUGCACAUGGGCAACGCAUUUGUUUUCAUAUGUCAACAGGGUGUGAACAGCUCAGCUGGUGGAGGCUUUCUAUUUGUACCCUGGUGCAAAUAGUCACUCCCAUAAAGAAAUGGAUUGACGUUUUAAUGUGGGGCUGCAACUCUGAAAGUGUGAUCAAACUGUCUAUAAGUUGUGUAGAUGACUGCCUUUACUGCAUAAUAUAGCAAGACUUCACCAUAUAUCCUCGCUUAUGUUGCAGAACUUCUGCUCAUUUGUAGUUUUUAAUGCACAGAUCAAUACUAAUCCAGUUACUUGUAAUGUUAACUUUACAGGAUGACCACGAAUGCGCUACUCGGUGUGCCUGGUUUUCCAAAAUAUGUUUACAAUAAUUUCACUAAACAG